AUGGCUUCAUCCUUGGGCUCCUACAUUAUCGUAACCAUCAUCAUCGCCACCAUCAACGUUCCCGCCGGAGCCUCAAAUCAAUACAAAGUUGGCGACGCCGAGGGCUGGCAGCUGCCCAAUGAGAACAACGCAGACUUAUACAAGAUUUGGGCAAGCAAGAUCACGUUUCAUGUCGGAGACUCAAUUGUGUUCAAGUACAAGAAUGAUUCUGUUGUUAAAGUGGAUAAGAGAGGCUACUACCACUGCAACGAGACCAGUCGGGGUUCGAUGUAUAAGGAUGGAAACACUGUGUUUCUUCUUGAUAAGACUGGAUUCUACUACUUUGUAAGCGGCGACUUUGACCACUGUAGAAAAGGCCAGAGGCUGAUGAUCGAAGUGAAGGGCCAGCAGCUGCCACCAUCCAUGGCCGGCCCUUCACCUUCCCCACUUCCAAGCACGGCGGUCUCAUGGAUCAUUCCAUCUUUCCGCAUCCUUGUGGCUUUAGAGGCCUUCAUGAUCGUGGCCUGCUGUCCCUUAUAUGGACCCUAUUUAACCUAG